GGUCAACUGCGCCUUUGAUAUCAUCAACCAUGAAGAUAUAAAGAGACACGAAAGGCCUAGGGAUAGUCGGCUUGAAUCAUUUCUCAUCAACCCUGAAGCCUACUUUUCAAUUUCGAAGCAGAUUCGAUAUGGACACUUAUCUUGACCCAAUUAACCGCAAGUUUGCGGAUGCGGCCGCUGAAGGUCCACCGCUGUACACUAAGACUUAUCAGGAAGCGCGGGACAUUUUGGAAGGCAUCCAAAACUACAAGACUGCGUCGGACAUCAAGACCGAGGAGGUCAAAGUCACAGUCAAUGGCGAAGAUGUCACCACUGUCAUAUUCCGCCCUGCCAAUGCCCAGGGCACACUGAACAUGAUCUUUUACACACACGGUGGUGGAUGGAUUCUCGGAAGUCCCACGGCGCAUGGAGCAUUGAUGGAAGACUUUGCUCGCCAAACUGGCGCUGCGGUUGUCUUUCCCUACUACACCCCAGCUCCCGAAGCUCAGUACCCCGUUCAGUUUGAGCAGGUCUACGGAGUUCUUGAUCAUUUCGUGAAGAAUGGCGAUAAGUAUAAUAUCAAAGCUGAUCGUUUCGGUCUCGCUGGUGACAGUGUUGGAGGACAUAUGGCCAUUGCGAUGACCCAGCUCGCUCAAAGCCGCAACUUGCCCUCCAAGAUUGGUCAAAUCGUCUUGCUAUACCCCGUCACAGACACACACAGCAAGUCUGAGACCUACAAGACAUACAAAGACGGACCUUAUCUCUCCGAAAAGACCAUGGACUGGAUGAUCCCUGCUUUUCUCCCCAAUGAAGAGGACAGAAGGCUCCCAUUGACCUCGCCUCUUCAGUUCGCCCCAGACGAGGUUCUCGCCAAGUUCCCACCUACAACUGUCUUCCUCUCUGGCGCGGACCCACUGAUUGGGGAGGGCGAAGCGUUUGGCCACCGUCUGCAGCAGCUUGGUGUUGAUGCGGCAGUUAUCAAGGCCGAUGGACAGGUUCACGACUUUGCGAUGUUGGCACCCAUCCGUGUUUCUCCUACAGCCCGUGCUGUGGUGGAGCUCGCGUCUUCAAAGUUACUGAAAGCAUUCUCAGAGAACUGAAAGUAUCGGAGAUUUCCUUAAGGUAGCUUCAUCAUUUGCCAAGAGUAGCCAUACCGGAUGUUUCUGAAUAUAAUGAAUUUCGUUAAUUGAGGAAGUGAUAUGAGGAUAUGCUGUCACAAUUUCACAUCACCCAAAGCCUCUAAAGAGUUCCAUAGAUAAUCAUGGUCAAGUCAACUCAUUAUGGAAAUGUGAGAUUCAUGAUAAUCUGUACUUGUAUUCCAAGGGCCCAAGAUGGCUAACACCAAUCCGAGGCCCGUAACUCUUCAAACUCACGAACAUCAGCUUGAACCCUCAUAAACUCCACAUCGCUACCAUUAUCCCCUUUAUGAUUGACAUAUUCCGCCUCCCAUUCUUUGAACUCUACGCUAUAACGUUUGAAUCGCUCAAAGAAAUCCAUGCCUUCCAAGACAUCAGAGAGGUCUCUCUUUACCUUGCUAA